UCUCAUUCGACAGAGGGCGUGCUCGCCCACAUGUCAAAGCAAAAUAAUCGCACGUUGCGUGUUGCCUCUUUUCUGCUCCUGUUUCAUCGCCCAUGAAAUGUAAUAAGAAUGAGUCGUCUUAUCGUUAAAAAUCUGCCAAAAGGGAUUAAGGAAGACAAGGUUCGCAACCUCUUUGCAGCCCAUGGAGAAAUCACCGACCUGCAGCUGAAGUACACCAGCGCGGGAGUCUUCAGAAAGUUUGCCUUUGUCGGCUUCAGGGCCAAGUCCAGUGCCCCAAAGGCUGCCAAAUGCUUGAACAACACCUUCAUCGAUUCCUCAAAGCUACAGGUUGAGAUUGCCAAGGAUUUGGGAGACGAAAGCAUUGCCAGACCAUGGAGCAGGUACUCAGAGAAGAGCUCUGCAUUUCAGAAGAAACUGACCAGGCAGAAGGAGAAAGAGGCUGCAAAGGAAGGCAAGGAGAAGACCACAAAGACUGCUGUACAACAGGAAACAGACUCAAAGCAGAAGAAGAAAGACAAGACUAAAGCAGACCCCCUUCACGAGCUUGAGGAUGACGCAGGUUUCCAGGAAUUCAAGGAGGCCCAUCAAGUCCGCAGCAAGAAACCCCUGUGGAGCAAUGACGCCACGGUGACUGACCCUCGCACCACAGGUCAAGGGUUAAAGGUCAAAGGCAACGAGAGUAAGGACGUCAGCAGGGAAGCAGCUGAAGGCUCAGAAGAUGACACGUCUUCAGAUGAGGAUGCUGAAAUGGAUGAAGAUGAUGAUGAUGAGGAGGAGAUGGAGGAAGAGGAGGAUGCGGCAAGUAAAGAAGCAAAUAAGCCAGUCUCAGACAUGGAGUAUCUACAAAGCAAGAUGGUGAAGAAAGCAGCUCCCGUUGACACAAAGAGUGACACGGACAGUGACACGGACAGUGACAUGGACAGUGACACAGAUAGUGAUGCAGACAGUGGGAAAGACUCAUUGUCUGAAGAUGAAGAGAAAUCAACCAAGAAAGAAAAACCUCAGGUGCAAACACAGGAAACACCGAAGACAAAGCUAAUGAAAGCAGUGAAGAAAGAUGACAAGUUUGAUCGCGGUCAGUACGUGCUCAAGAUGAGAGGUGUGCCCUUCAGCGUCAAGGAGAAUGACAUCAGAUCUUUCUUUGCCCCAAUUGCAAUCAAGGCCAUCCGGAUUCCCCUGAAUGAGAAGAAACAAAGAACAGGGAUGGCAUUUGUGGAGUUGAACACAGAAGCAGAUCUUGUCCAAGCCUUGAAGAGAAAUAAAGAUUACAUGGGUAAACGUUAUAUAGAACUGUUCCGAGAUGAGUGGAACCAGGGAGGACAGCAGGGUACCAGGGAACGUGAGGCACCGUGGGCCAAGCAGGCAGCCGAGUUGGAAAGCUCUGACGAACCAAUAGGAGAGACUGGAAGAUUAUUUGUUCGGAAUCUGCCCUACGUUUGCCAAGAGGAAGACUUGGAAACACUCUUCAGCAAAUAUGGCCCACUGACUGAGGUGAACCUACCCAUCGAUCCACUGACCAAGAAGAUCAAAGGUUUUGCUUUCAUCACCUUCAUGAUGCCUGAGCAUGCAGUCAAGGCCUUCACUGACCUGGAUGGCAAGACGUUUCAGGGAAGGCUGCUUCACAUUCUGCCAGGUAAGGAGAAGAAGACUGCGGAGGCAGAAGGCGGAGAUAGAGAGGGAUCAUCUUAUAAGAACCAGAAGAAAGCCAAGGAGAAAGCAAGAAGUGGGAGUUCUCACAACUGGAAUUCCUUGUUCAUCGGAUCGGAUGCCGUAGCAGAAGCCAUCGCCCAGAAAUACCAGACGACGAAAAGCCAAGUCCUAGACACUGAGACAGGCCGAAGUCUAGCUGUCCGGAUGGCCCUUGGUGAGACACAAAUCGUUGCUGAGACAAGACAGUUUCUCCUGGAUAACGGUGUAGCUCUGGACUCAUUCAGUCAGCCGUCCGGUUCAAGAAGCAAGACCGUUAUCCUAGUCAAGAACCUCCCUGCAGGUACCCAAGCCACAGAGCUCAGGGACCUGUUUGCCGGCCACGGUAGUCUAGGGAGGGUCGUCCUACCCCCAGCCGGGGUGACAGCGAUUGUGGAGUUCAUUGAACCAACAGAGGCCAGGGCUGCGUUCUUCAAGCUGGCUUACACAAAGUUCCACCAUGUUCCCCUCUACCUGGAGUGGGCACCAGUCAACGUUUUCAAGACGGAGGCCUUGUCAGACCCCGCAGCAGAUGACACAAAGGGUGACAGACAGAGUGAGGAACACACACAAGAGGAGGGUGAGCAGAGAACGGAGGCCAAUCAGCCUGAUGCCGAGAACAAAAGCACAAAAGAGGAUGCUGAGGAGGAGGAGGAAACAGAGCCAGAGACAACGAUAUUUGUCAAAAAUCUCAACUUUGAGACAACAGAGGAGUCCAUAAGAAAGUUAUUUUCUCAGUGUGGACAUUUGAAAUCGGUGACAAUAUCACGCAAGAAGGACCCAAAACAUCCAGGAACGAUGUUGUCCAUGGGGUACGGCUUUGUGGAGUACAAGAAGAGGAAAUCCGCCCAGAAAGCUCUGAAGGAAUUACAGCACAGUACGCUGGAUGAUCACAGUCUGAAGCUCAAGCUAUCACACAGGGCCACCUCACAAGCAACUCCCGCAUCUUCCCGGAAGGGAGCCGGAAAUAUAAAACAGAAGUCCAGCAAAAUCCUGAUCCGGAAUAUUCCAUUUGAGGCCAAGAAACAGGAGAUACAAGAACUGUUUGGUACCUUUGGUGAGAUCAAGUCCGUCAGACUGCCCAAGAAGAUGAGUGGGACCGGUUCCCACCGAGGCUUUGGAUUCGUGGACUUCCUCAGCAAGCAAGAUGCAAAGAGGGCGUUUGAGGCUCUGUGCCACAGCAGCCAUUUGUAUGGGCGUCGGCUUGUCUUGGAGUGGGCGGAGGCCGAGGAGACAGUGGAAGACCUUCGCAAGAAAACUGCUGAUCAGUUCAUUGAAGGUGGUCAGAGAAAAAGACUGAAGAAGUCCAAAUUAAAGGAGGACCUAGAACUGACCAUGUCUAGGAGCUGAUCGAACCAAGACAACAUCUGCA